UCCCAGUGCUGUACCCCAUUCGGUCCACAUAAAGACCGAAUGCAUCUCCCAUCCAAAAAUGCAAUUUUGUCACCAAAACACGGAUUCACUCAAGUGGAAGAUUCCACAAGCAGCCCGACUUUCCUAGGUGGGUGGGAAUUGUUCUGAUAUUGUUAAGUCCAGGCAUGAAGAAGUCUAAGGCCAGAACCAAGUGGAGUUGUUGGUCCUUCUUUGGUUUACUAACCGCACACACAUGCACACCCUUCUCUUCCCCUCUACGUGCUGGCAGUGCAAAGAACCAACUCAUUGUUAAUGAACAAUAGGAGCAUUUGAGUUCCAGCAGCAGAAAGGGAGGAAAAUUAGCAACCGAGCUGGAGUUAGAACAGGACUGGAACCAAAACACUAACAGAAAUACUAGGAUUAAGCGUAAGAUGCAAUGCCUGGCUCUCGGUGGAUGAGUUGGCUUCAGAUUGUCCGGAUCACCCUGGGCUUCUUGUGCUUUUCAGCUUUCCUGGAGGCAGCUCCGGAGUUUUCAGGUUACUUGCAAAAGGUCUUGAAGAACCACACAGCCCACGCUUGUGAUGGGGAGCAGCUGACGAUCCUCUGCCCCCACAAGACCACCGUUGCGGUUCUCUCCGCCUUCUAUGGGCGUCGGGUGCCCAGUCAAAAUCUCUGCCCCACCUCGGGAGGCGCCUCCUCGGAGAGCACCAAUUGUAUGUCUGCCACCGCGCAUCAGAAAAUGGUGGACGAGUGUCAGGAUCAGCGAUGGUGUCACUUCUCUGUCCACAGCCGGGUGUUUGGGCCUGAUCCAUGUCCAGGGACGCACAAGUACCUGGUGGUUUCAUAUAAAUGCAGGCCAGCCAACCACCGCCUCAAGACCGUGUGCGAGAACGAGAAACUCAGACUGCAGUGUCGAAACAAGUCGGUCCUUGCUAUUUACUCUGCAAUCUAUGGGAGACCUUUGAGGGGAAAGCCGGAGUGCAAUCCUGUGAACAGGACAGAACCCAACAUAGAAUGUCUCGCUCCCGAUGCCUUGAGAAGAGUCUCCCGGAAGUGCCACAGAAAGGAAAACUGCACUGUUGUGGCUAAUAAAGCCACUUUUGGUGACCCCUGCUUCCCUGGCGUCAAAAAGCAACUGAGAGUUUCCUACACCUGUGUGCCAAGGCAACUGCUGGAAGAGGUGGGUCGUGACUCGCAGGCAGACCCGUUCUCCCUCUCCGACUACACACAUGGUGGCUGGUACACUGGGCCGACGCAGUCCAGGCUGCAAGAAAAUCUGAUGAUAUUUACUAACUCCCUGGAGACUUUUGCCCACAUCUGGGGUGUUCCUGAGAAAGUGGGCUUUUAUUUCCUGUGUGGGGUUUCAGCAGGGCUGUUGUUUCUCCUCCUCCUCUUUGCCCCCAAAAUGGCCUUCUGGCGGGACUUGAAGGAGACCUUCAAAGCCACCGAGCUGAGCGAGAGCUUGGAGCUGGAGAGGACCAAGUUGCAGGACGAACGGGAGGAAGAGAGCCGCGACGACAGCUCCUCCGACUCCUCUUUCCGCCACCUCACCUGCACCUACCAUAACUCGAACAACAUCUUUGGACCAGAGCUGACGGCGGCCCUGGAGGGAGCCGCCGACCAGAGGAUCCACGGUGAGGGAGAGGAGAUCUGGAUCCCCAAGGAAUCCAGCCCCUAUGCCAUCCACAAAAUCAAGUCUGCCACCAAGUGAGAGAAAGAGGACCUCGGGAACGGUGUCUGAUAGAUCAGCCUCUUGUAAACAGGCGGAGACUCAGCGGUCUAUAAGGACGGAGAUCAAUAAUUUGCUCCCAAAACAGCCAGAGAUGGGGCAAUGUCCAUUUUGUUUGGACUACAAUGCCCAGAGUAAGCUAGAUAGCAUGGCACUCAGGAAUUCUGGGAGUUGUAGUCCAAGCCAGGCUGGCCCUGCCAUUAAUCCAGGAGAGACGGUUGCCACAGGCAGCGGAGGCCUGGGGUGAUGGAUUUGUGAGGGCACCACAUUCUCCUCCUCCGUUUGCAGGGCAUCUUGUGCCCAACCCUGGGGCUCGGUGAGCGGAAGACGAGGCCACUCCCUGUGUGCCAAAAUUGCUAGUUACUUCUUUGCCUCUAGGUCUGCUCAGAUCCUCACGGCCAACAAAAUCUGGGGAGGAAAACUGGAGAAGGCGGCCAUCUUUGAAGGAAAGGAGAGUGGGGGUGGGAGGUGGCAGCCAAAGCGAAGGGUAGCAGGCAUUGCCUUGGCCACCAGAAAAGGAGACUGAGGGGCUUGUACACUUCCCAGCAGCAACCCAGUCUUCCCAGACUGCUGGCUUUGGCCACCAUGGGUCCUUUCCGUCAGUGUAAAUGGCCUCCUACAGCUGAGCAGAAGCUUGUUAACAAUAGCACUUAAUGGGAGGUCCUGGGCCAGAUUUCUAUUGGUGUACAUGUAACAUUUGCGUAACCUUGUAUUUGCAUAAUUGACAUGUUACUGAAGUUCAUCUGGAACGCACAGUCGUUUAUCACCAGGUACACAACUAAGAUACACCUGGCACCUCAUCGAUUAGCCACAAUUAGCUGCAGGAACUUACAUAAACCUCACACAAGAGCCAAUAGGACUCUUGCCAUGAAUUAUCAGAGUCACCAGAAAUGACUGGAUGGCACACAGCAAAAACAAAGCAACCUUCUCCUGAUUUUUUUGUUGUUUAGUCAUUAUGUCAUGCCAUACUCUUUGUGAC